AUGGACCCCCCCCUCUCCGAGCCCUCCACCACCCCGAAGAAGGAGAAGGACGCGGAUGGGGAGAAGGAGAAGAAGGAGAAGGGGCUGGAUUUUCCCAGCUGCCCCAACGAAGGGGCGAAGCACCCCAAGAGCCCGGCCGAGAAGCACAAGGAGAAGCACAAGGAGAGAGAGUCCAGCAACGGCCGGAGCCCCGCUACGUCCUCCAAGAAGUCAUCUCUGGAUGGCAAGAAAGAGAGGAGAGACUCUGCAGACUCGAGGUCCUCCACCACCUCGUCCAUCUCCUCUUCCUCCCCACAGAAGAGACCAUCGGGGGAGCGGAGAACAUCUGUGGGCACCAGCCCCUCGCCAGCUCCCGCCGCCUCCCGGAGAAACUCCAGCGACAGCAAGGAGGAAAGCCCCUGCCUCCUGGCCCCCUGCUAUCUCACGGGGGACUCGGUGAGGGACAAAUGCAUCGAGAUGCUGACGGCCGCCCUCCGCAUGGAUGACGACUACAAGGAGUUCGGCGUCAACUGCGAGAAGAUGGCAUCGGAGAUCGAAGACCAUAUCUUCCAGGAGCUGAAGAGCACGGACAUGAAGUAUCGCAACCGGGUGCGGAGCAGGAUCAGCAACCUGAAGGACCCCAAGAACCCCAACCUGCGGAGGAACGUGCUGUGUGGGGCCAUCCUGCCCAGUCUCAUCGCCCGCAUGACUGCCGAGGAGAUGGCCAGCGAUGAGCUGAAGGAGCUGAGGAACACCAUGACCCAGGAGGCCAUCCGGGAGCAUCAGAUGGCCAAGACGGGCGGCACCGUCACCGACCUCUUCCAGUGCGGCAAGUGCAAGAAGAAGAACUGCACCUACAACCAGGUGCAGACGCGCAGCGCCGAUGAGCCCAUGACGACAUUCGUGCUGUGCAACGAAUGUGGGAACCGCUGGAAGGUGCAGACGCGCAGCGCCGAUGAGCCCAUGACGACAUUCGUGCUGUGCAACGAAUGUGGGAACCGCUGGAAGGAGGAGUGGGAUGGAGCCUCGUGGCACCGUGCCCGUCCCUCGCCACCACCAGCUUCUCCCAGCGGCUCUGUUUGGCGGCAGCGAGAUGUGACGGGGACGCAGGUAAAGGUCACGGUGACCGGGGGUGACCGUGGCGGAGGGAUGAAGGUGUUCGUCCUGAGCCUGCGCCAGCGGAGGAGGACGGCGGAGCUGUCGAAUGAACCGAUCGUUAAUUUUUUAAUCUUGGGCUGA